CCGAUUUACCCACGUGUUAUUGGAGUUUAUGGAUUGAAAUGGAUACUUAUGAUUUAUUUCGAAAAUUGGGAUCGGGAGCGAGAUUUGAUUUGAAGCGGUUCAGUCAAGAUGCCGAAAAGUUCAAGGUGUGUGUGGGGUGCAGGAAAUAAACCUGCCAGCUGACAAAAACAACAGAUAGCAAUUCAGAUCUUCUUGGUACUUCAAAGACUCUUGAUUUCUUUGGAAAACAGUCCAAACAACUUUCUGAAAGGGCAGCCACAAUUGUGAAUGGAAAAGCAAAGAAAAACAAAAAUCCAGAGAAGAUUAAAAAGGAAGAAACAGUAACUACAAAUAAAGAAAAACAGAGAAGCAGGGACUUGGGGCAUACAAAAAAGAAACGGAAAAUACAAGAGGCUGACAAUGAAGAAAAUACCAUUGCAGAAAAUGAUUCUAUUCUCUGGAUGUCAUCAUUAGAGGCUAAACUGAAAGAUAAUGGGGAGAAGAAACUCAAAAAACUAAGUUCUGAGAAGCUAGAACAACAAAGGAUUGAAAAGAUAAACCACUUCAGGAACAAACAUAAAAUAUAUGUACAAGGAACAGAUAUUCCAGAACCUAUUGUGACCUUUGAACAACUUCAUGAAGAGUAUAAAAUACACCCAAGAAUUCUGCAGAAUGUGAAAGAUGCUGGCUUCCAAACACCUACACCUAUCCAGAUGCAAGCAAUACCAAUUAUGUUGCACGGACGUGAAAUUCUGUCUUGUGCACCCACGGGCUCAGGAAAGACUUUAGCAUUCUCAAUUCCAGUUUUAACGCAUCUCAAACAACCAAUGAAUAAAGGCGUCCGAGCUUUGAUCAUAUCGCCAACAAGAGAACUCACCAGCCAGAUUCAGAGAGAGCUGGUCAAGUUGUCUGAAGGUAUUGGCUUUAGGAUACAAAUGAUCGACAAAGCAGGUGUUGCUGCAAAACAGUUUGGACCAAAGUCAUCUAAGAAAUAUGAUAUCCUUGUAACAACGCCUAAUAGGUUAAUUUAUUUGCUAAACCAAGAUCCACCAGGGAUUGAUCUCAGCAGCGUUGAAUGGCUGAUUGUUGAUGAGUCCGACAAACUAUUUGAAGACGGAAAGACUGGGUUCAGAGAACAGUUGGCUUCUAUAUUUGUGGCAUGCACAUACCACCUUAUUAAAAGAGCCAUGUUCAGUGCAACGUUUGCUCAUGAUGUCGAACAGUGGUGCAAGCUUCAUCUUGACAAUGUAGUCUCUGUGUCUGUGGGCGCAAGGAACUCUGCAGUUGAUACUGUUGAUCAAUCGCUACUUUUUGUUGGGUCUGAGACCGGCAAGCUCUUGGCAAUGAGAGACCUUGUUAAAAAGGGUUUUAGCCCCCCAGUUCUUGUGUUUGCACAGUCUAUUGAUCGCGCUAAGGAACUCUUUUAUGAACUAAUUUAUGAAGGUAUUAAUGUGGAUGUCAUUCAUGCUGACAGGACACAGCAACAGAGAGAUAAUGUCAUACGCAGUUUUAGAGAAGGCAAAAUCUGGGUUUUGAUUUGCACAGCUCUGCUUGCAAGAGGAAUUGAUUUCAAAGGUGUAAAUAUGGUUAUCAAUUAUGACUUUCCAACAAGUGCUGUGGAGUAUAUACACAGAAUAGGACGUACUGGGAGAGCAGGACAUAAAGGCAGGGCAAUAACCUUCUUUACUGAAGAUGAUAAACCAUUAUUACGAAGUGUUGCCAGUGUUAUUCAGCAAGCAGGAUGCCCUGUGCCAGAAUACAUCAAACAUUUCAAGAAAUUGCAAAGCAAACAGAAGAAGAGGAUGAUAAAGAAUCCCAUAAAAAGACAACAGAUUCGAACAACUCCAAAAUACAUUCUGGAAAAAGCCAAAAGAAAAAAAAUUAUUAUUAAGAAAAAACUGCAAGAGAAGAAGGCUGCCGCACAGGACAAAGGCGAUAGGCAAGCGGCACCAGAAAUCUGAUCUCUCAAAUAUCUGUGAACAUAGAAGACAGCCUCAUAUUAAAUACAUUAUAUGUCACAGAUUUCAUGGAUUUAAGUAAAGAUUUUUAUAAUGCUUGUGCAUAUAAUAAAAAUGCAAACUAUUACUAUAUGUUGGGGGGGGGGAUAAGUUAUGUGGUUUUGUAAAUUAACAGCUUAUAUAAAGCAUUUCUGAUGUACAUAAAAAUGCCACAGGUUUGUAGAACAUAUUUUUGUAUUUGAUGUUUCUUGAGCCAAACUGUCUGUCUAUAGUUUUAACAUCACUAUAUUAAAGAUCCUAACUCCAA